GCCGAGAUAGUGCAUAGUGCGAAGCAAACGGUCCACCAGCGAGGCGAAGUCCACUGCCUGCCCCGUGCACUGCCCGUCAUCCCAAUGCUAGAGGAUGAACCAUCGAUAUGGCGAUUGGGAUGAGUUUCAGAAAUUCGACCUAGUCCGUUUUCCAAGCGACUCCUCAAAUCCGCCACAUUAUCAAGAAUUCCAUGCUCGUGCCUAUCUUCUGAUAUUUUGUCUAGCCUUUGUGCCUUUGGCGCGGCACUAUGUACCGAUAUUUCUAGGCUGGUAUGAGCCACCAUUUUUAAUAAAAGAUGACACUACUCCCAUGGAUCUGCGAAUUCGUUUUAUUAUUGAACCGCACAUUAGAACAACUCUGAAGGUGUUAAUACUAGUAAACUCACUACCACACCACUUCAAAAUAAGGCAACGUAUCCGCGAAUCCUGGGCAAUGAAGGACCUGUACGACGAGGAGAGCACCAAAGUGAUGUUUUUCAUCGGAAAACCACGCUCACAAGAAGAAGAAGAAUUGCUGGCGAUUGAAGAGGGUCGCUAUCAUGAUGUGAUUGUGACUGAAAUCGAAGAGGACUAUUAUUCACUUUCCAUAAAAACCUAUGCUAUGUUACUGUACAAAGAUACAAGAUUCCGAAGCGCUAAAUGUAUGGUGAAAGCCGACUCGGACAAUGUAUUGAUCGUAAGGAACUAUGAGGUCCUCUGCGAUGAAACAAUUGGUAAAUGCGAUAUAUCUCGAAAAGUGAAGCGCGACCGAACGAAGUGGAUGGUGCCGGAGUCAAUAUAUCCAUAUCCAGAGUUCCCCAAGUACUGCUCCUCAGGCACAUAUACGCUAUGUGGUCAUGACGUCCCCGCUAAGCUGCUUGCAGUCGUUGGUGAGAGUUGGUUUCCUCAUUCAGCCAACUAUAGAAAGUUGCCGGAAGAUGUGCUGUUCACUGGGAUAUUUGCGGAGAUUGCUGGCAUCCGACGGACACACGUCGGGGGAAUGUCUUUCAUUGAUGCUCCUGAUUACAUAUGUCGCAAUGGACUUCGCACCUACAGCCUCCAUAUGAAUCGUGCACGAAAUCCGUCUAAUUACUUUAAACGUCUCACCGCCAUGGAAGAAGCAAAGUCCACGCUCAAACCCUUUAUUCAUGGAUACUGGAAGAGCUUUGAAGAGCGGAACUUUGAUAAGGUCAUGGAGUUUUUUCAUCCCGAUGCUAUUAUUGUAGAAGUUGGAAUCAAGGGUACAUAUGGAAAGGAAGCUAUCAAAAAACAGCUCUUGGAGUACGACGAUCAUAUGGGAAAGACUACCAUGAAGGUAGUACAAGAUCACGAUUACCACUUCAUAAUGCCAGAAUACUCGCAGGUUUUGGACGAACACUAUCAAAUGACAGAGGACUAUAUUAUUUUCGGUGGACGCUAUGAAAUUCAAACGGAGAAAGCUGGAGUUGUGAAAGGAAAAUUGAAAGCCAUUGAGUUCUAUCAUCCACACGCAGUUCUUGUCGAAAGAGGGAAAAGGGGGUUCUAUGGCAAAGAAGAAAUCAAAAAGCACUUGCUGGAGUACGACAAACAUAGAGGAGGGACUUCCAUGAAGUCUUGGAAUGAUGAGCACUACCAAAUGACAGAGGACUACAUCACUGUUGAUGGCCAUUAUAAAACCGAAACGGAGAAAGUUGGAAACAUGGAUGGAGAAUUUCAUAUGAUUUGGAAGAAAUCAAACGGCAAAUACUUGAUCAAACGUAAUGAGUUUGAUGAAAGAUAG